AUGGAAGACAACAGUUCUGGAGAUAUCACCCCAACCUCCAGCACCGGAGCCAGUCAGGCGGCCUCCUUCUCAACACACACUCCCUCGGCCGGUGGUCAUAGUGAGAGUGAUGCAGUGCUCACUGGGCCGAUUACAGACUCUUUUGACGCCCUUGUGGUCGCCUCUUCCCAAUCCACCCUUUCACCAGACGACGCAAUUGACAAAUCUGUAUCAUUGCCUGACCAGACUGAUCGUGAUGGCAGCGAUGGGUGGAGUGGCGACGUGACGGAAGACGAUCAAAAUGGGCGGGAGAAUGACGACAAUGAAGGAGGAGUUGAGGACAAGUGGAGCGAGGAGGAG